AUGGAGGGCAAUGAGGAUGAUCCCUUCGAUUGGGAUGUUGAACGGCUGGUACAUGAGCUAUGCACCGCUGAAAGUCGGCCAUGGCAUCCGAAACUUGCGAGCAAGAGGCCCAACCCGGCAACCCUCUCAAAAGCACUCCGUGAGCAUGACAUUGACGGGGAGACGCUUCUCACCUACGAAGAUGUCAUGCCCCCUCUUGACGGUCUUCUCAGGGACCUAGGCAUCGUCAAAAUCGUUCACAAGAUGACGAUUGUCAAAGCCAUCAACUAUCUCAAGUCGAAAAGCCACGGUUAUCGACAUCAGAAGAUUGAAGUGGCAAAAGAGGAGGCAGGUAGCCAGGAAAGCUCGCUAGAGCUGCAUAUCAACGGCAAACCGGAGCCCGCAGCUCUAAAUCCCAGUACCACAGAGGACCCUCCAACGACUAUCACAACGCAAGAUGUCACGAUGCAUGGCACCACGGAUCAAGGUGCAUUGGCCUCCGUCGUUGAAGAGAAAGACAUGCAGACGAGUCAACCACCUCAGAAGAAGAGAAAGAUGGCGCCAACUUUGAUCACUAGUACUGUUACCGGGAUUGGCAACAUACCUAUCAGGACCCCGGCCGACGACGUUGUUACUCGGAAGUCUAUGACAGCAGAUACCCGGCUACCUUUGUCGAAUACGACCCCCAGCGGAAGCCGCGGAAGGACACCGCCGGCCAUCCCAGCUGUAACAGACGACGCUAUCUCUCGGGAGCUCGUUAAAGCAAGAGUAAGGCCUUCUCCGUUGCCUGUGGCUUCCAGAAAAAUCCAUCCGGAUCCUCAGCAAGUGGACCAGAAGCUUGUCUCAAGAUCCAAUCCUCUGGGGGCGUACUUUGGACCCGAUGCGUUCAUUAUCAGCCGUCAAGUCCCUCAGUCAAGCCUUGCACCUGGUACAAGCUCCGCAGAUGAAGGCAGAAACACAUUCCACUUCGUUGCUAGGGGCUUGAUUCCCACCGGACACAGUCGACAAGUCCACCGAGCGUUGCGACGACUAUUGCGCAUGAACGACAAGUCUUUGAUAUUGUUGCGCAAUGGUAUGUCUCCUUUUGUGGAGCCUGAGGAGGAAGACGAGAUUCUUCCGGUAUUCGGGGACUCCGAUGACGACGAAGGUUACGACACAGAGACAAGGGACGCCAUCGAGGAAGAGGAAGAGGAGAAAAAGCGAGAAAUGGAACUCAAGUCUCACCACCUGACUUCGGAUGAUGUCGAGCGUGUACUAAAAGAGGAGAUACAACGGAUUGAAGCCUCUUGGGAAGAGAGAAAACUAAUCAAAAAGUAUUGGAAAGCCAACGCCAUCUGGAACAAGGCCCGACGCACUGGUCUUGUCCGACAGAUAGCGAGUGCCACAUCUCGACUCGAGGCUCUUAACAACCGCAUAGAAAAGCUUUGUCGAGAAAUCAAGCUGAACGAAUGGCCGGCCGAAGAUCAGCUGCGCAGACAAGCACGCUGCCUUGAGUCUAGCGUUGAGGACCGGAGCGCUGAAAAGUGGCUUCUCGAUACCUUGCGAGGACCCGAACCUAUCCGACCACUGACGAUGCCUAAGCAACGGCCAAUUGCGGCCCCACGGCCCGAUCUCUCUGACGAGGAUGGCGAUCUUAUUACCAGCGGCGACGAUGACGACGACGACGACUUCGUGAUUGACGAUGAAGAGGGGGUUGACGAUAUGGCAAACGCGCUCCCGCCCGUGGCGAGCGCGACUCGCCCAGCAGGUCCCAUGGAUUUGGACGACCCUGAAGAGGUGCCAAUGCAGGGGCCUCAACCUCCGCGAUUGCUCAAGGACGAGUCUCCAGCCGACGCUCCGGUCGAUAUGAAGUCCGACCUUGGCAUAAUCGACUUGACAAUGGUUGACUCCGAGCCUGAGGAUGAACCUGAGAAUGAGCCCGCACCCCCUGAGCAUGAGCUUGAGCCUGCGCUUCCUGAGGCGGAUUUCAUCUCUCUAGUCACGCCUGAAAAGCCAAGAGCAUCGGCCGCCGCAACACCAGCCCCUGAAAGCGAUGGUGAAGAGCAGCCACAGCCAACACAGGAACAGCUAGAAACCCCAUUCGACCAAUAUGGAAAGAUUGGGGACAUCGCGCCGACGAUAUGGAGAAAGCAAGGAGACAACAAGCGACUUUUGAUCUGCGUCAUCUCACGGCUUACUCCGCGAUGGAGAGUGGCCUUCUUUCGCAUUAUCCACAGCAUGGAUCCCGCUGAUAUCUGGACGGACUUCGUGAUCACCGCACUUGAGGAUUCGCCUCAAAAUCAUAGCCAAGAAAGUGCGGUCGAGCUCGGCACCGUCGUCGCCCGCUUGUUCAGAGUCUUUGCACUCUGCAAGCCGGCAGCUGCCAAUACCAUCACCAGAAGGCUUACCAACAAAAUCAAGGCCAGGAAGAUAAAGGGUAAGGUAGAUCAGUUUGAGGAUUUCUGUCAAUUCGUCAAGACUGGCAUACUGCCCAACUUUCCUGAGGGUAUCCGAGCCAGCAGCUCUGACCGCCGUGGAAGCUUUGAUACUGGAGAGUCCCAAGGAGAUUUUACCGACGACGAUAUCGAAGAUUCUCCGGCUAAGAAACGGAAGACUUUGGUAGCCAUGGAUCAGACCGCUAUGGAUCUCCGUGAAAGUGACCGACGCCGGAGAGAAGAGCAAGAGCAGCGACGAAAGGAAUUGCGCAAGAAGCUGGCAGCAUCCGACACCAUCUCGAGCGACAAGUCACGUCUCAUUAUCAACGAAACCAAGGGAGAUGACGAGGGCCUGAUCUACAUUAACAGCGAAAUCGGUCAACGUAUCAAGGACCACCAGAUCGAAGGUGUCCGCUUCCUGUGGAACCAGAUCGUCUACGACGCCAAGGUGCGGCAGGGAUGUCUCCUCGCUCACACCAUGGGACUGGGCAAGACCAUGCAGGUAAUCACGUUACUGGUUGCCAUCGCCGAGGCCGCUCGGUCAAAGGACGAAUCUGUUCUGUCACAGAUUCCGGAGGACCUUAGACAGUCUAAGACUCUGGUACUUUGCCCGGCCUUACUUGUCGACAACUGGAUGGAUGAGCUGCUGAUGUGGGCUCCUGAUGGUGUCCUGGGUCACUUCUACAAAAUGGAAGCUGUCGUCAACGCACUAGAGAGAGCUCCCAUGAUCCGUGAAUGGGAUAAAACCGGGGGCGUUAUGAUCAUUGGCUACGAUAUGUUCAAAAGAUUGGCCGUUCCCUCGGGGGACGAGAUGCUGACGCCUCUGGAGGCCAAGUCGAUUGCGCAGAUACUCACAGAAAGCCCCAACCUCGUUGUUGCGGAUGAGGCUCACAAAAUGAAGAACCCUGAGUCGAUGAUAGCUAUCGCAGCCGCCAAAUUCAAAACCCAACGACGCAUCGCACUCACCGGUUCCCCCCUGGCAAACAAUGUGAUAGAAUUCUAUUGCAUGAUCAACUGGGUCGCACCUAAUUAUUUGGGUCCCCUGGCUGAGUUCAAGGACUACUAUGCCGAACCGAUUCAGUCUGGCCUCUACGAGGAUAGCACUGGAAGUCAAUAUCGAAAGGCAAAGAAACAACUUGCUGUUUUGGAGGCUACUGUAGCGCCCAAGACGAACAGAGCAACGAUCAAAUCAUGCCUCAAGAACGACCUUCCGCCAAAGAUGGAAUUUGUACUUACUGUUCCCAUGACGCCACUUCAGGGCAAGCUCUACGACGCUUUCCUCGACGCCCUCAAUAAUGACGCGAACGUUGCAGGCGUCAAGACUCUGGGUGCCAACAUCAACUUUAGCCUCAUCGUCAACCACCCUCGUUGCUGGCAAAAGAGACUGCUUGAGGAGCGUGCGGCGUUAUUAAAGAAAGAGCCGGCUAGUCUGACUCUAUCGAGCACAAUCAUCAGCGAGGGCCUGAAAAUCCUGCAACGAGAGCAGGAUGUGCCUUCGCCUGCCUUGUCUUGGAAAGUGCAGCUCCUCGUCGGCAUUCUAGACCAGUGCAUAUGGAUGAAUGAGAAAGUUCUCGUCUUCUCACAAUCAAUACCGACCCUGGAUUAUCUGGAUAAUCUGUUCAGACAACAAAAAAGAAAGUUCUCUCGGCUGGAUGGUAGCACUCCAAUCCAUAAGAGGCAGCAACAAGUCAAAAACUUCAACAGUGGUGAAAAUCAAGUCUAUUUGAUUUCAACGACAGCUGGUGGGGUUGGCUUGAACAUCCACGGCGCAAGUCGCGUGGUCAUCUUCGACUACAAGUACAAUCCCAUUCACGAGCAGCAAGCGGUGGGUCGAGCGUACCGCAUUGGCCAGCGAAAGCCAGUAUAUGUUUACAAGUUCAUAUCUGGCGGGACAUACGAACAAGCGCUUCACAACAGAAAUGUAUUCAAGACCCAACUGGCGUCAAGAGUUGUGGACAGCGAAAAUCCGAAAAGAUGGUCCAAGAAAGAUAAUGAGUACGCCAAGACCCGUUGGGAGCCCGAUCAGGAUGAUCUCAGUCCAUUCGCCGGCAAGGACGUUGUUCUCGACAGCCUGUUGACCCACCCGGGCAUGUCCCAGGGCAUCCGCUCGAUCAUCAUGACGGAUACCUUUGAAGAGGAAGAUACGUCCGAGAUCUUGACACCUGAGGACUUGAAGGACGUGAAGAACCAGGUCUACAUGAAUUCUAUCCGCAACACCGACCCGGAGAAGUAUCGUGAGAUGGAGCUGGCGCGGAUCGCUAAACUUGGCGCCCCAGCCUUGGUGGGUGCAACAUCAUACAUGCCACAAACAGUCACCCAGACCUUUGGUGUGGCUGGGAGCAGCAGCCAAACACCAAUCCCAACUCCAAACCUCCCUCAAAGGCCUGUCUUCAACACAUACCAGGCAUUUCACCCGGUGGAGGGUUUGAAGCCCUUACCCGAUACGAUGAAGCCACCACAGAUUACGCCUGUGCCUGUGCCUGUGCCUGGGGCUCUGGCAACUCAUAUUGACGCUGCACCGACACAACAAGCUGCCGCUCCCUUGCAGUUGAAUCAGCCUGCAACUGCCGGUUCUGAUGCGCAAACUACGGAGCAGCCUGCUGAGCAGAUAUCAGUAGAGCCUCAAGUAGCUGGCCCUAUGCCCAUGCCCAUGGCUGGUGCCAAUACCUUCUUUAGGGCCCAGCAGACACCAAGCUCUCCCCCACCUGGAGACAAAUCUCUCUCAUCCCCUGCGGUCAAGAGGCCCAAGAGGCCCGGAAUCACUAAUUGGGAGGAGCAGUUCAAGCAAAAAAUUCUCGAGUCACUCGAUACGAUAACGGACUCGGCGAUAGCUGAUGCAGUCAAGGAGGACAAGACCGUCCUGGCUGACCGGAUCGCAAGCUCGACAUGGCUCGUGAGAUCGGAGAUGAAGGAGGGAGAGUUACCAAACCACUCGCAUAUGAAGGAGCUGUGCAGCUUGAUGACAGAACCGAGAUUUGCAGCCGCUGUCAUCACAGGACAUAUUCCUCCCUCUCAGCUUGCGUACGCGCCGAUCGACGGACUAAAAAAUCUUUCGAACGAGUUGACGACGCUUCAGGAACACCAAUUUCGCGAAAAGCUGAAGCUGGGUCAAGACACGACUGAGGAGCCCAAACAGCAUCCGCAGAUCGUUUCCGACAUACCCAAACCUUCCCCAAACGUUCGCCGAGCGAAUCCGUUCCAGGAAGACGACGACGACGACGAUUUGGAUUUGCUUCGGGAGGUAGCGGAAAGAAGGCGACAUCGUGCGCCCAGGCUUCCCACAUGGGCAAGUAAAGCAGUCGAAGAAGGAAAACUUGGGGAACAACGCCGCACAGGGGAGCCCUCGUUGUCAACGUCGGCGUCGGCAUCGGCAGGGCAAGGUUUGUAA